AUGGAGAUCAAAGUGAAGACUCUAACAGGAAAAGAGAUUGCGUUAGAGAUUGAUCUAAUGGAUACAAUUUCUCAGAUCAAGGAAAGAAUCGAAGAGAGAGAAGGAAUUCCAUCUCUUCAACAACGAAUCAUCUACACCGGGAAACAACUUGCUGAUGAGGAAACCGCUAAACAUUACAAUAUCGAAGGUGGUUCUGUUCUUCAUCUUGUUCUUGCUCUUAGAGGUGGUUACUGA